GGCCGAGGGGGACCGAGCCUCCCGGCUCGCUGCUCCCGCCGGCGGAGCGAGGCUGCCCUUUCUCCGCAGCGUGAUUUAUUUUCCUCUUCUUUUCUUCUAAACUCUUCUUCCAGGGAGAGGCUAGUGGUAACAGGCCGAGCUGGAUGGAUGGGUAUGGGGAGAGGGGCAGGACGUUCAGCCCUGGGAUUCUGGCCGACCCUCGCCUUCCUUCUCUGCAGCUUCCCGGCAGCCACGUCCCCGUGCAAGAUCCUCAAGUGCAACUCCGAGUUCUGGAGCGCCACGGCCGGCAGCCACUCCCCGGCCUCGGACGACGCCCCCGAGUUCUGCGCGGCGCUGCGCACCUACGCCCUGUGCACGCGGCGCACGGCCCGCACCUGCCGGGGCGACCUGGCCUACCACUCGGCCGUCCAUGGCAUAGAGGACCUCAUGAGCCAGUACAACUGCUCCAAGGAUGGCCCCACGUCGCAGCCGCGCCUGCGCACCCUCCCGCCGCCGGGCGACAGCCAGGAGCGCUCCGACAGCCCCGAGGUCUGCCACUACGAGAAGAGCUUCCACAAGCACUCGGCGGCCCCCAACUACACGCACUGCGGCCUCUUCGGGGACCCGCACCUCAGGACUUUCACAGACCGCUUCCAGACCUGCAAGGUGCAGGGCGCCUGGCCGCUCAUCGACAAUAAUUACCUGAACGUGCAGGUCACCAACACACCUGUGCUGCCCGGCUCGGCGGCCACCGCCACCAGCAAGCUCACCAUCAUCUUCAAGAACUUCCAGGAGUGUGUGGACCAGAAGGUGUACCAGGCAGAGAUGGACGAGCUCCCCGCCGCCUUCGCCGACGGCUCCAAGAACGGCGGGGACAAGCACGGGGCCAACAGCCUGAAGAUCACGGAGAAGGUAUCGGGCCAGCACGUGGAGAUUCAGGCCAAGUACAUCGGCACCACCAUUGUGGUGCGCCAGGUGGGCCGCUACCUGACUUUCGCGGUCCGCAUGCCCGAGGAGGUGGUCAACGCCGUGGAGGACAGGGACAGCCAGGGCCUCUACCUCUGCCUGCGGGGCUGCCCCCUCAACCAGCAGAUCGACUUCCAGGCCUUCGGCGCCAACGCCGAGGGCCCCGGCCCCCGCAGGCCAGCGGCCGCCAGCCCAGCCCCCGCGGCCCCGGACACCUUCCCGUACGAGACGGCCGUGGCCAAGUGCAAGGAGAAGCUGCCCGUGGAGGACCUCUACUACCAGGCCUGCGUCUUUGACCUGCUCACCACGGGCGACGUGAACUUCACGCUGGCCGCCUACUACGCCCUGGAGGACGUCAAGAUGCUGCACUCCAACAAGGACAGGCUGCACCUGUACCAGAGGACUCGGGAGCCGCCGGGCCGGGCGGCAGCUGCAGGGCUGCCCCCCGCCCCUCGGCCCCUCCUGGGCGGCCUGCUGCUCCUCGCCCUGCUCCCGGCCUUCCUGGAGGCCGUGGCCAUGUAG